AUGGCACCCAGCGGGCUCAAGGCGGUGGUGGGAGAAAAGAUCAUGCAUGAUGUGAUCAGGAAGGUUAAGAAGAAAGGAGAGUGGAAGGUUCUGGUAGUGGACCAGCUGAGCACACGCAUGUUAUCAUCAUGCUGCAAGAUGACGGAUAUAAUGACUGAAGGGAUAACAAUUGUUGAGGACAUUAACAAGCGGAGGGAACCACUCCCCAGCCUGGAAGCAGUGUAUCUGAUUACACCUUCCGAAAAGUCUGUUCAUUCCCUCAUCAAUGACUUCAAAGAUCCUUCUUCCUCUAAGUACAAAGCAGCACACGUCUUCUUUACAGACUCCUGUCCAGACAGCCUGUUUAAUGAGCUGGUCAAGUCACGAGCAUCCAAAGUUAUCAAGACAUUGACGGAAAUUAACAUCGCAUUCCUUCCCUAUGAGUCACAGGUGUUUUCUUUGGAUUACCCAGAUUCCUUCCACAGUUUCUACAGUCCUCAUAAAGCUCAGAUGAAGAACCCGAUCCUAGAGCGUCUUGCAGAACAGCUUGCCACUCUGUGUGCCACCUUGAAAGAGUACCCAGCUGUGCGCUACCGCGGAGAUUACAAGGAUAACGCAAUGCUUGCGCAGCUGAUCCAAGAUAAGCUUGAUGCAUACAAGGCUGAUGAUCCCACAAUGGGGGAGGGCCCAGACAAGGCUCGUUCGCAGCUCAUUAUCUUGGAUCGGGGUUUUGAUCCCUCCUCCCCAGUUCUGCAUGAGCUAACCUUUCAGGCCAUGAGCUAUGACCUUCUGCCGGUGGAGAAUGAUGUGUAUAAGUAUGAAACAAGUGGUAUAGGAGAACAGCGAGUCAAGGAGGUCCUCCUAGAUGAAGAUGAUGAUCUCUGGGUGACCUUGCGUCACAAACACAUUGCAGAAGUUUCCCAAGAGGUGACUCGCUCUCUGAAGGACUUUUCUUCCAGCAAGAGGAUGAACACAGGUGACAAGACAACCAUGAGGGAUCUUUCUCAAAUGUUGAAGAAGAUGCCACAGUACCAGAAAGAGCUAAGCAAAUACUCCACUCACCUGCACCUGGCCGAGGACUGCAUGAAGCAUUACCAAGGAACCGUAGAUAAACUCUGCCGUGUGGAGCAGGAUCUCGCUAUGGGUACAGAUGCAGAGGGGGAGAAGAUCAAAGAUCCUAUGCGGGCAAUUGUCCCCAUUCUCCUGGAUGGAAAUGUCAGCACAUAUGAUAAAAUUCGUAUCAUUCUCCUUUACAUCUUCCUUAAGAAUGGGAUCACUGAAGAGAAUUUGAAUAAGCUGAUUCAGCAUGCACAGAUCCCACCAGAAGACAGUGAGAUCAUCACCAAUAUGGGCCAUUUAGGAGUUCCCAUCAUUACUGAUUCCACACUUCGUCGCAGGAGCAAACCAGACCGCAAAGAGAGAAUCAGCGAACAGACCUAUCAGUUGUCUCGAUGGACUCCGGUUGUCAAAGAUAUAAUGGAGGAUACUAUUGACGACAAACUGGACACAAAACACUACCCAUACAUCUCCCACACGUUCCUCUGCCUCUUUUAGUACAACGGCUGUGAGUGCCCGCUAUGGACACUGGCACAAGAACAAGGCUCCAGGAGAGUACCGGGCUGGUCCACGUCUGAUCAUCUUCAUCCUUGGCGGAGUGGCUUUCAGUGAGAUGCGCUGUGCAUAUGAGGUAUCUCAGGCCAAUGGCAAAUGGGAAGUCCUUAUAGGUUCCACUCACAUAUUAACACCCAUCAAAUUUCUUGGAGACCUCAGACACCCAGACUUCCGAGACAGCAGUCGGGUGUCAUUCGAGGACCCGUCUCCCAUCAUGGAGUGA